AUGGACCAACCACUCGUAAAUAAGAAACACCUUUUGAAGCCUAGACCAGCAGCCUUGAUACACAAAGACAGCAGACCUGUAGCAUUUCUUUCCGUAGAAAACAGCCCUCAAGAUCCUGAAUCCAGCACCGAUAAAUCUACAGAGCCUGCAGAUGAACUAGAGUCGGACAUUUUAGAAGAUGACAGUAUCGCAUUGGGGGAAACUACAGGAUUACCAGACCUUUCCAUUGAAGAUGUUGCUAAACUUCGCACAGAAAGUCUAGAAAGACUCAAGAGUACAUGGGAGAUUAUCUGCUCCAAGUAUGGUCGCUCGUUUGAAGGAGAAAGCGAUGAGAUUGACCUAACUACUGGCCGAAUAGUUAUAGACCGAGGAUUUCUCAAACGGUCCCACUCAAAGGCUAUUGGGCAUUCCAUUCCGUCCACAUUGUUAGCAAGGGAUAUGAAACUAGCAAUAGAUUCAUUAGAGAAUGAAAAUACACAUGAUGGUCUUGGCCCACAUGUUGCAACGGAAGACCCACACUUAGAUCCACUCACUUCACACCCUAUACCAACCACCUCGUUUGGCGCUGGCAUGGCCAGUGCCAUUACAAAUAUCACUAAAUCAUCUACUUCUAGUUUACCCACAGAAUCUCAGGCAGAUAUGAUAAUAUCAGAAUUGCUCUACGAUGACGAUGCAUUUGAUCGUAUCUUGCUGCCACGCUCAGAAAUUUACAGAUCCAUGACUACACUAAAUUUACCAUUUGAAGAUCUGGAUAGUAGCGAUGAAGAUGGUUUGCUGGAUAUGUCAGAUUAUACAUCCGAGACAAGUGGAACGUAUACGAUUGAUCUUACAGAUGAUAUCAACAAUAAUAGCAUAGACCCGCUUGUAUUACAGGAUUCACAGCUAUCUCCAUUCAAUCAAGCUGGAAAUGCAUCACUACCAAGAACAGAUCGUAUCAUAUCAGCGUUUGAUCAAAACCUUUCACACUCUUCGUCUCCAUUAUCGCGCUCUAUUUACAUGGAUAACCAUUAUGACUUGGAUCCAUUGACAACUCCUACUAAAAUGAUACGUAGAUUAUCACCCAUUCGCCAAGAAUACUGGAGCAUGGACACGCAAGCCAUGGCACAAAGAAAAAAUCCUCGCUAUAGCCAUCGAAUGCGUUCUUAUCACAGUCCAACUCGGCGAUCGCAUGCGAUGUUGCCUCGGAAUCCAUCACUGGGGAGACGGGAUUGGCCCAACCAGCAUAUUGAAGAUGCAUCACAGCAUCAAUGGAUAGAUUUAAAGAAUACUUUUGAAUAUCUAUCUGAUUUUGACAGCCAUCAAUUCGAAGAGCACGUACCAAUUCACCAGCAAUUACCUGGACAUGCACCACACAGUCGUCAACAUACUGAGCCACGCUCAAGGCAUUAUACUUCAAGACUCGAACGAGUUGAUCAUUGCUGGGAUACAAUGUCUCAACAUGAUGUUUACCAGUCAGAGUUAGAUACCCAAGUACAAUUUGAAACACCACGCCAAUCUCGGAUGCAGCACAAUAUACAGUUUGAUCAUUAUGUAGAAAAUGAAUGGGAAUAG